AUUUAUAUUCUGACACUAGUAGUUGAAAGUGCUAGUCAUUUUGUUAUAACUAGUUAAUUUUCAUCUUUUUGUAUGAACUUGGUUUUAUAAAUAAUCAAAAAUGGUGCUGGAAAGUACGAUGAUAUGUGUCGAUAAUAGCGACUACAUGAGAAAUGGAGAUUUUCUUCCUAGCAGAUUACAAGCUCAACAAGAUGCAGUAAAUUUAGUAUGUCAUUCUAAAACAAGAUCCAAUCCAGAAAAUAACGUUGGUUUGUUAACUUUAGCAAAAGUAGAAGUAUUAGCUACACUAACUAGUGAUGUUGGUCGUAUUUUAUCUAAAUUACAUCAAGUUCAACCGAAUGGAGAGAUUAAUUUGCACACUGGAAUUCGUAUUGCCCAUUUAGCUCUCAAACAUCGCCAGGGAAAGAAUCACAAAAUGCGUAUAGUUGCUUUUGUUGGCAGCCCAGUGGCAAGCGAGGAAAAAGAACUAGUUAAAUUAGCUAAAAAGCUUAAAAAAGAGAAAGUGAAUGUUGAUGUUAUUAGUUUCGGAGAAGAUGGAUCCAAUUCAAAUGUUUUGACUAUUUUCAUAAACACCUUGAAUGGUAAAGAUGGCACUAGCAGCCAUUUGGUAACUGUACCACCAGGUCCCCAUCUUUCUGAUGCUCUCAUUUCUUCACCCAUUAUUCAAGGAGAAGAUGGCACAGGUGCAACUGGUUUAGGAGGCUCUGGUUUUGAAUUUGGAGUUGACCCUAACGAAGAUCCAGAGCUGGCUUUAGCCCUUCGUGUUUCUAUGGAAGAACAACGUCAAAGACAAGAAGAUGAAGCACGCAGAGCUAAAGAUGCAUCUAGUACUGAAACUGGUAUCAAAUCUGAAGGUAAUGCAGUUCUGAAGGAAGAACCAAGUGAGGAAGCUUUAUUAGAAAGAGCUUUGGCUAUGUCAAUGGAAACUGGUGAUGACCAAAAUGUUACUGUAACUAGAGCUCCAGUUGAUUUUGCUAAUAUGACCGAGGAGGAACAAAUAGCAUUUGCAAUGCAAAUGUCUAUGCAGGAUGCUCAAGAAAGCUCUUCAGGAGCUUCAGCUUCAAAGGUGGAACCCAUGGAAGUUGAGGGAGAUGAAGAUUAUUCUGAAGUAAUGAAUGACCCUGCAUUUUUACAAAGUGUUUUAGAAAACUUACCUGGAGUUGAUCCACAAUCAGAAGCCGUUCGUCAAGCUGUUGGAAGUCUUAAAGAUAAGAAAAAAGAUGAUAAAUCUGAUGAUAAACAAAACAAAUAAUAUAAUGGAUAUUUAUUUUUUCAAUUUCAUUAUUACUUACAUUUAUAGAUUCGAUUUCAAUCAAUAAAAUAUUCAUAUGCUUUGAA